AUGGCUGAGCCAAAUCCUGCCCCGCACAGCGAGCGCGACCCCGCAGCGGCGACCGACGCGAACGAAACACGCGACGAAGACAACGACGACCACAAGCCACGCGACAGCAACGGCUGGGACGGGAAGUUGCGGAUAGACAAGAUGAGCAUUGCCGACGAACCACGCGAUCCCCAUGCGCAGGUGGUGAGCGACCCAGAGGUAUCAGACGACGAGGGUCCGCCUCCCGAGCAGCUGGCUGCAGACGAGGAUUUGCUGGACGAUACACCGGAAGACGAGGACGACAUAGAGAUCGUGCACUCCAAAGUCUCGGACAUGUCGGCGUUACGGUUGGAGAGGUUCAAGCAGAUGAAGCGUCUCUGCCUACGCCAAAACCGCAUAGAAAGCAUCGCGAUACCCGACCAAGUCGCGCCGACUCUCACAGAAGUCGACCUCUACGACAACCUCAUAGCGCACAUCAAAGGCCUCGAUGCCUUCACCGAACUCACCUCGCUCGACCUCUCCUUCAACAAGAUCAAGCACAUCAAACGCCUGAACCAUAUGACAAAGCUCAAGGAUCUGUACUUUGUGCAGAACAAGAUCAGCAAGAUAGAAAACCUAGACGGGCUUUCCAACCUGCGGCAGAUCGAGCUGGGCGCGAACAGGGUACGCGAGAUUGAAGGACUGGAUACCUUGACGGGCUUGGAAGAGCUGUGGCUGGGCAAGAAUAAGAUCACCGAGAUAAAGGGCCUAGACACCCUCACCAAUCUCAAGAUUCUCAGCAUUCAGUCGAAUCGCCUGCGCUCGAUAACGGGUCUGGAGAAGCUCGUCAACCUCGAAGAACUGCACAUCUCGCACAACCUCCUCACAGAACUGUCAGGUCUGGAGAACAACGUCAACCUAAACGUCAUCGACAUCAGCGCGAAUCCGAUCGAACAUCUAUCGGGACUGAACGGUCUCAAGCACCUCACGGAGUUCUGGGCAAGUAACUGCAAGUUGAGCGACUUUGGAGAAGUCGAGAAGGAGUUGAGAGAUAAGGAGGAGCUGGAGACGGUCUACUUCGAGGGCAACCCUCUUCAACGGGCACAACCGGCGCUAUACAGAAACAAGAUUCGGUUAGCGUUACCCCAGGUUGUACAGAUCGAUGCCAGUAAGUCCAUACCCCCCAACAUCUCAGGACACACAUUAACCUUAUAA